GGGAGUAACGCGUGUGAAUUUGCCGCUAGGGGCGCUGGUGUCGUCUGUGGUCUAGUGACAUUUACUUUUCACUGGUAUAAUUUGGCGGGCUUCGUAACAAAUUAUAUUUUCGUUCAUUUCCCUACUGAAAAGUGAUCUACUUUCGAUAAAUUAUCGCAAAUAUGGAUUAUUUGUCAAUGAACGUGCACGCUUUGAAAGCUGAAUUAAGGAAAAGAGGCGCAAAAAUAAGCGGUCUCAAAGAGCAGCUAAUUCAGAGGUUAGUUUGUUUACUGUUUACAAACUAAUUUUUUACGAAGUGUAUGCUUGUUUGCCCAGGUAACAGUUAUGUUUUUUCUUUUUACAGACUCAAAGACUAUGACCGUAAUAGUAACUUUGUUGGAAACUUGGAGGACAGCAUCGUACAACAAAAUGAUUCGGUGUAUACUGUUGAGUGGCCUUCAGACGCUUUGUAUAGCAGUGUUAACAGUAAAAGUGAAACUCCGGACCUAGAUAUUGUCAACAUUACCACGUACUUUUUAGGAGUAUACACAGACAAUGUGGGAAUGACUGAGUAUGCUGCAGUACAAAGAAAGGGCUACAACAUGAUGAUGAAUGAAUACCUAAUGGCUCUAGUGACAUCUAUUCAAAAUGAUGUACUUUUUUAUAGAGGACAGGUACACUCUGAAAAUACAAAGUCAUUAUCAUACUUUGUGAAUAUUGCUAUAAAGACAAAUGGCAAUGUUGUUCAGUCCAUGUGUGAGUGUGCUGCUGGUAAAGGUCCACAGGCAGUCUGCAAGCACAUAGCUUGUGUUUGCUAUGCAAUUUUAAGAUUUAGGGAACACUCUGAAUGGGUCAUAAAGAAAACGCCCACAGAAAAUAAACAGAAAUGGCAUGAGCCCAAAAAGAGCAAACUUAAUGCAUCACCUAUAAAAGCCGAACAUCUAAAAUUUGACGUUGAGGAAUAUAAUGUAGCAAAACGCAAGCAAACAAAUUUAUGCUUUGAUCCACGCCCUGACAACACUUGCAGUGCUGUAGAGUGGAAUGAUGUUGUGAGGAACAGGGUAAUUAACUAUUGCUCAUCAGAAAAAAACAGGUUUGGUAUAAGCGGAGUGUUUCAAGUGGCUUCUCUGCAUGGAAUAUCGCAUGACCAUGAUUACCUUAAAUUACCCAUCCUUGACCAAUAUGUCCUUAAUAGAAUUACUGUUACUCCUAAAGAUGCUAGUAUGAUAGAGCAGCAAACACGGCAACAGUCACUAAAUAAAAUGUGGCAUAGUGAACGAAGCCUACGGGUUACUGGAUCUCAUGUAUUCAACAUAUGCAAGUUUACUGACAGGAGAGAUCAAGUGAAGUAUGCUGAAGACAUUUUGUUUCCCAAGCAAUUUAAAAGUCAGGCUACGGAAUGGGGGAGUUCCAAAGAGAAGACAGCUGUUGAAGCCUAUGAGUCCAUGUCAUAUAAUAAGGUACAAAGUUGUGGCUUUUGGAUAUCUAAUGAAUAUCCAUACAUAGGAGCUUCGCCUGAUGGAUUAAUUGGGGAACUAACAGUAUUGGAAGUGAAAUGUCCAUUCUCCAUAAAAGAUGAGUUCAUUAGCGUGGAUAAUUAUAAGCACAUAGAAUUCAUUAAUAAUGAAUACUGCUUGAAACAAAGUAGCCCCUACUAUUUUCAAAUUCAAACACAGUUACUUGUUACUGGAAGAAAGUUUUGUGAUUUUUUUGUCUGGACAAAUAAGGAUGAAAAGAGAAUUUAUGUAAAUAGAAAUGAUAAACUUAUUUCAGAAGUUAUUGUACCAAAAGUAACAGCUUUUUAUCAUACAUACAUGAUACCUCUUAUUGCUAAAAAAAUGUAUAAUUGAAUAUAGUACUUUACCUUACUAGUCUUACUACCAUUGUUGGUAAGCGGGUAAGCGCCCGCUUCUCACGCCAGAGAUGCGGGUUCAAAUCCUGGCGCUGACAUGUAGCAAUGAGUUCUUUUAACUUAAGUACAAUUCUAUCUAUCUACA